AACUCCGCAGCUUUACCCUUCAGCCGGUCUGCAAUCAACUCAAGUCAACGGACUCACUAGAGCUAUGAGAUCGCGCUAAACACGACUUUUAGGAAUAACAAACUAAACGACGCUCCUCCGUGACUGUUAUAUAUUUUUAAAAGGACACUUCCCGCUAGUAUUUUAGUCGUGAUUUCCAGUGAAGAUGUCGGUUGUGGGGUUUGAUGUGGGCUUCCAGAGCUGUUAUGUUGCUGUGGCCAGAGCCGGUGGAAUAGAGACCGUAGCGAACGAAUACAGCGACCGAUGCACACCGUCAUUCGUGUCAUUCGGUCCUCGUAAUCGAUCGGUAGGGGCAGCCGCCAAAAGCCAGGUGGUCACAAACUGCAAGAACACUGUGCAGGGUUUUAAGCGUUUCCAUGGACGGGCGUUUACUGACCCGUAUGUUCAGGCGGCAAAGUCCAGCCUGGUCUAUGAUCUGGCUCAGAUGCCGACUGGAACCACUGGUAUUAAGGUCAUGUAUAUGGAGGAGGAGAAGGUGUUCAGCAUCGAGCAGGUCACUGCCAUGCUGCUGACCAAACUGAAGGAGACCGCUGAAGCCGCGCUCAAAAAACCUGUGGCAGACUGCGUCAUCUCUGUUCCCAGCUUCUUUACUGAUGCCGAGAGAAGAUCAGUCAUGGAUGCUGCACAGAUCGCAGGUCUGAAUUGUCUCAGACUCAUGAACGACACUACAGCAGUUUCGCUGGCGUAUGGGAUCUACAAACAGGACCUGCCUGCUCCUGAGGAGAAGCCCAGGACUGUGGUGUUCGUGGAUGUUGGUCACGCUGGGUACCAGGUGUCUGUGUGUGCCUUUAACAAGGGCAAGCUGAAGGUGCUGGGUUCUGCGUUCGACCCUGAGCUGGGCGGUAAAGACUUCGAUGAGGUGCUGGUCAAGUACUUCUGUGAGGAGUUUGCUCAGAAGUACAAGCUGGACGUGCGAUCGAAGCCCCGCGCUCUGGUGCGGCUCUACCAGGAGUGUGAGAAGCUGAAGAAACUCAUGAGCGCCAACUCUUCGGACCUGCCGCUCAACAUUGAAUGCUUCAUGAAUGACAUCGACGUCUCGGGCAAACUCAACAGAGGCAAGUUUGAGGAGCUCUGUGCAGAUCUGCUGGCCAAGGUGGAGGCUCCGCUGCGCAGCAUCAUGGAUCAGACCAGACUGAAGAAGGAGGACAUCUAUGCGGUGGAGAUCCUAGGCGGUGCCUCCAGGAUUCCAGCCAUCAAAGACCGAAUCAGCAAGUUUUUCGGAAAGGAGCUGAGUACCACGUUGAAUGCAGAUGAGGCUGUGGCCAGAGGAUGUGCACUGCAGUGUGCAAUCCUGUCACCCGCCUUCAAAGUGCGUGAGUUUUCCAUCACAGAAGUGGUUCCCUACCCCAUCUCUCUGAAGUGGACGUCUGCAGCCGAUGAAGGCAUCAGUGAUUGCGAAGUUUUCCAGAAGAACCAUGCCGCCCCCUUCUCUAAAGUGUUAACUUUCUACCGGAGGGAGCCUUUCUCUUUGGAGGCCUACUACAACAAUCCCAAAGAGUUGCCAUAUCCGGAUCCUACCAUAGGCCAGUUUAACAUCCAGAAGGUGGUUCCUCAGCCGUCAGGAGAGAGCUCGAAGGUGAAGGUGAAGGUGCGUGUGAAUGUGCACGGGGUCUUCAGUGUGUCCAGCGCCUCGCUGGUGGAGGUCGUGAAGUCUGCAGAAGGAGAGGAGCCCAUGGACACGGAGACUCCAGCCAAAGAGGACGAGAACAAGAUGCAAGUGGAUCAGGAAGUACAGAAGGCUCAAGGAGAUGAUCAGAAAGAACAUGCUGAUAAGAAAUCAGACACUGAAGACAUGGAGACUUCAACAGAAGACAACAAACAGGAGGAGAAGAAGAGUGAACAGCCUCCACAAGCCAAGAAAGCCAAAGUGAAGACGAAGACGGUGGAUCUGCCCAUCGAGAACAGCCUGAACUGGCAGCUGGACUCUGAAGCGCUCAAUCUGUUCAUGGAGAAUGAGGGGAAGAUGAUUAUGCAGGAUAAGCUGGAGAAAGAACGAAACGAUGCAAAGAACUACGUGGAGGAAUACGUUUAUGAAAUGAGAGACAAACUGCACGGCGUGCUGGAGAACUUUGUCAGCGAGGCUGAUCGAGACUCUUUCUCCUUGAAGCUGGAGGACACUGAGAACUGGCUGUAUGAAGAAGGAGAGGACCAGCAGAAGCAAGUGUACAUCGAUAAACUGCUGGAGCUGAAGAAACUGGGAGAGCCGAUUCUGAACCGAUACAGGGAGGCAGAGGAGCGUCCGAAAGCUUUCGACGAGCUCGGGAGGCAGAUCCAGCAGUACAUGAAAGUCGUAGAGGCUUAUAAGGCCAAGGAUGAGCUGUAUGAUCAUUUGGAUGAGCUGGAGAUGAUGAAGGUGGAGAAGCAGGUGAAUGAAACCAUGACCUGGAUGAACAACAGUAUGAAUCUGCAGAGCAAACAGAGUCUCAGUCAGGACCCUGUGGUGAAAGCCCAAGAGAUCCAGGCCAAAACAAAGGAGCUGUAUUCUGCUUGCAAUCACAUCGUCACCAAACCCAAGCCCAAAGUGGAGCCUCCCAAGGAGGAGACGGCGGCCGAACAGAACGGCCCUGUGAACGGACAGGAGGGGUCAGAGGCACAACCGGGCAACCCCGAGAAGAGCCAAGCCGCCCCAGACACCACAGAGGCCAAGCUUCCCGAAAUGGACAUCGACUAAGUUCGCUCGGCCCUCCUCUGUGUCCGCACCAGCCUCUCUCACGCCUCUCAUAUGCCUCCGAGUUCAGAUAAAAACAAGAAAAAACAAAAAAAGAACAUUAUAUUUGGUGAGGCAGUUCUCUUGCUGUCGGUGGCAUGUUUCUUUCUUUCUGUUUUGGAUACAUGGAGAUCCAAUCUCCUUUUUUGUUUCUUCAAACAGGAAAAAACAUGUUAUAGAUAUAGGACGAGAACUUGGUCUUUGUCGCUUUUUUAAUAUCCACAGUUCCAGUAUCCUUAAAGGCGGCGGACCGUAUUAUAAAGUGGGAUGGACUGGUUUAGUGCUGUUUAAUGGAUGACUUUCUUCUGUUCUGUUCUAUGUGGAGAGUUUAUUGGCGUUGAAGAUUUGUGGCACAGACUGACUUCUCAAGUGAAGUUUCUAAGUACCAGAUGUUGGUGGAGAAGCACUGAAACAGAGGAUCCUGAACCUCUUCCCAAGCUGCACUGUGUCCGAGGAGAGUUGAGCUACGGUUCAGCAGUAUUUGGUUGUAAAAGGACGGCCUGCAUGUGGUCGCUGUUGGGUUUAGCUCUGUUUGUUUUCUACUCCGCAGCCUGUGUGAAUGGUGCUGUCCAUUCCAGUCACAAAUGAUGAGAAUUAUGAGAAUAAAUCAUUCAUUUUGGUAUACAGACAAAAAAGAACUUGUUAGAAUGUAAUUAUUGGAUGUGCUGUACAUACUGGCUUACUAUUAGUGCAAUUGCAAUGUCAGUUUAGUGAGGUGAAAUAAAAUCAUCAGGUUUCAGGUCACCAACAACAAUAUCAGAUUUAAUGCAUGAAAUAUAAUCAGGUAUAUAAGUUAUUCAAUUUAAUUGAGUUCCCUACUCGGUCCAAACCUAUGCAUCAUAAGCAGUCUUAUUGGUGAAGGUGUUCACAUGAUAUUUAUACAGUUGAUCAUGCUUCUCUAAUAAGUAGAAGUCAGUAUUAACUUCCUCAGAGAUAUUUCUAGUAAAUAUUUUAUUUUAAGGGUUUUUGCUGACCAAAAUGUCUGGGAAUCCCUACAUUACAUUAACAAACAUGAAAACGAGAGACAUUUCAAGCCCAAAGUCUUCCAGUAAUCAACACUUCCUGAAGGUCUCUGGAUCUGAUGACGACAUUGUGUCUCACAGCUACGUCACCAGUGUUUAGUAACUUGAGCAGAAGUAUUUGGUUCAAUUAUAGGUUUGCAGACUUAUUCACGUGACAUUUGUAAGCAUGUCAGUUUACAUUAUAUAAGUAUUUAAUAACAGAUAGGCUAAUAAAGAAGAAAGGGGGUU